GUCGCUGACCAAUACUUCUACACGUACCCCAAAAUAUCAGUGAUCGAUCAUGGCUACCCUAACAACAUUCAUGUCAUCAGUGAUUCUCAUUCUCGUAAUCCUUUGCCCUAGUAUUCAUGCUAAACCUAGUAAAGGAAUCAGAGCAGCCUAUUGGCCGUCGUUCAAUUCAUUCCCCGCUUCCUCUAUACAAACCUCUCUUUUCACCCACAUUUACUACGCCUUCCUCCUUCCCGAUCCCGCCACUUUCAAACUCACCAUCACCUCCGAGGACCAAACCAAGCUACCCGACUUCAUCUCAUCCCUCCGCGCCCUAAACCCUCCCGUCAAAACCCUCCUCUCCAUCGGAGGCGGCGGUAACAACGCCACAGUGUUCUCGGAGAUGGUUAGCACCAAACAGAGCCGUCAAGUCUUCAUCAACUCCUCCAUCGAAAUAGCCCGGAAGUACGGCUUCCAUGGUGUCGACUUGGAUUGGGAGUUUCCGGCUGACGUGGUCGACAUGUCAAACCUCGCUCUGUUGUACAAGCAGUGGAGACAAUCUCUAGACCAGGAAGCUAAAGCUAGCGGCAAGCCACGUCUGCUCUUAACCUCCGCCGUGUAUUACGCUUCGGAAUUUACAGUCUACGGCGGGCCGAGAUCAUACCCGGCCGGAGCAAUAAGUAAGUACUUGGAUUGGGCGAGUCCGAUGUGCUUUGACUAUCACGGCUCUUGGGAAAACUUCACCGGCGCACAUGCAGCCUUGUAUGACUCCAAGAGUAAUAUCAGUACUGACUACGGAAUCCGUUCGUGGAUUCAGGCGGGUGUACCGGCCAAGAAGCUUGUGAUGGGCCUACCUCUUUAUGGGAAGAGUUGGACGCUCCGGGACCAGAAGGUGAAUGGUGUCGGGGCCGCGGCGGUGGGCGUUGGGCCCGGUGAUGGUGGCAUUUUGCUGUAUCAUCAGAUAGUUGACUUGAACGCUCGAACUAACGCAACGGUUGUGUUUGACAACCAGACAGUGUCUUACUAUUCCUACUCGGGUAGCACUUGGAUUGGGUACGAUGAUGUUGGAUCUGUCAGGUUGAAGGUUCGGUUUGCCAAGAAAAUGGGCUUGGGUGGGUAUUUCUUUUGGGCUCUGGGCCAGGACAAAGAUUGGAUCCUAUCACACCAAGCUUCAGAUACUUGGAAAUAUGGCGGGGGAUCGGUCUGAAGGAACUAUAUUUGACAGUUAGCCAUUUGUAUUACCAGCCUUUUACCCGUGCAUAUUUACACGGAAUCACGUUCACGAUCACCUAGAAAUAAGCGUGAGCGGUUAAAUAAAUAUUUGCCGUAUUAUACAGUUUUUCAU